ACAGAGAUGAGGGUUGCUGAUCUCCCACUACUGGAAUUGUCCAAGAAGAGCACAAUGGAGAAGCUUAUUGUGGGCAUCCUGUUUCUCUCUGUUCUUUCAGGAAGUGUAGCAGAAACAGACAUGAAGGGAAAGGCAUUUAUUUUCCCUCAAGAAUCAUCCACUGCCUAUGUGUCCCUGAUACCGAAGGUGAGGAAGUCACUGCAGAACUUCACUCUGUGUAUGAAGACCUUCACAGACUUGACGCGCCCUUACAGCAUCUUCUCCUACAACACAAGAAACCAGGACAAUGAGAUUCUUCUCUUUGUGGAAAAUAUAGGAGAAUACAUGUUCUAUGUUGGGAAUAUGGUAGCCACUUUCAAAGCACCCACAAAUCUUCCUGAUCCGGCCCGUAUCUGUGUGAACUGGGAGUCUGGCUCUGGGAUUGCAGAAUUCUGGCUGAAUGGAAAACCACUGGGGAGGAAAGGCUUGAAGAAGGGAUACACUGUGGGGGGUGAUGCAAUGAUCACUCUAGGACAAGAGCAGGAUUCCUAUGGGGGAAAUUUUGAUGCAAAGCAAUCCUUUGUUGGGGAGAUAUGGGAUGUUUCCUUGUGGGACCAUGUGGUCCCCCUAGAAAAGGUAUCAGACAGCUGUAACAAUGGCAACCUUAUAAACUGGCAAGCUCUUAAUUAUGAAGACAAUGGCUAUGUGGUGACUAAGCCCAAACUGUGGCCUUAAGCUAAUUGCUCUAUGAAAUAUAAGUCUGCUUUUGGUUCUGUUAAAAUGAUAAUGUGCAUUGCAUUAAAAAAGCAAAGAAAUGAGCAUC